AUGAUGACAGGAAUACAUCAGGCAUUCUUGGCCAUUGGUGUUUAAAAGAAAACUGCUGAACCAAACUCCCCCAGAUCGGCAAGAGGGUCCCAAAUGGCCACUGUUGCUAUGAAAGUGCAGGAAAGGGAAGUUUUAUUGUAAUUUCUUCACGGUACCUGUUGUCACUGGCAAGUUAUUCACUGGGUUGCUUUUUUGCUGGUAACUUCAGGCAUGUAUGUGCUGGCACAGCUGGGAUGUAGCUCAGUUGUUUUUUUUAAACUGCAGAUUUUGUUCUCGGCAUGUUACACAUUCCCACGCUUGUGCACCUCCCAUGCUGGGUGGGACAGCUACCUGUCCCCAUCCUGCUGUGAGGGUGAUCCACUAACAGCCAAGUGAGCCCCAGGCCGUGCAUUUUCUCUGCAGGCAGCUCCAAGAAUCAGUACAUAGCGGUUGGAGUCGGUUUCUCUCUGCUGAAUCUGCUUGUGGCUGCUCUGCCCUCCAAGUGGGCAGUGGGUGAGUCAGUAGCUGUCUGGCCCACACCGAGGCCUUGGUGCUGCUUUGAACCGAGGGGUGUGCAAGUCACUGUUUUGCUUCUUUGAGGUUGUCGCAGGUUUUGAUUGCGGGGUGACAAUAAAACCGUGGCAGAUGUAUUGUUAACCUCCUCUGCCCCCCCACUUCCCCUGCUGGCCCCCCCUUCUCCCCCCUUCCCACUCAGGACAGGUGAUUGGGAGGAAAGAAGGACAGAGAGAAGAGAGAUGGAACAAUUAAAAAUGUUUUACUAAUGCUACUAAUAAGAAUAGAGAAAAUAAUACAAAAUAUACAAAACCAAUCUUGAAAGUCUCAGCAACUGCAGAGCCGGCACCUGAAGUCCUGGACUGGACUCUGCAGCCAACCGGAGCUGGAUUCAGUCAGUCACUAGGCCUCAGUUCGCAGGGACGACUAGCAAGGUCCUCUCCUAAUGUUGGCCAUAAGCCAAAGGGAUGAAAAGGGAAAGGGACGAGAUCGUCAUGAUCUCCCACUUUUAUAUGAAGUAUUCGUGUGAAUGGGAUGUUAUACUCAGUUGGUCAGUUUCUUGGUCACCUGUUUCUUGUUGCCCCUCUCACAAGAUGUCCAUCCGUGCUUAUCAAUAACUUUGCAUUCCAUUGCUAUGUUUACCAAAACAUGUGUCUGGUUCUCCAGGAAAAUGCAGCUAAUAUGAAGGCUUUAACUGACAGGCAAAUUCACUAAAAGAGAAACUUGUUUGUUAGCAAAACCAGGACAGAGGUAUGUGUCUCGGCUGCUCGCAAAAUGGGAGGUUUAAGCAGCCCCGCUUCAGGGCAGAAGAUGUGUGAGGUGAUGAAGAAAGCUGGGGCUUUACUCUUUUAAACAUCCACCAUCCUUCAUUUGCUUUUUGUGCUGCUUAAUAAUUUCAGUGCAUGCUAGAGGGAAAGUUUAUGUGUUGAGGGAGAUGGUGAAUGUGGCAAAAUUAGGUCUCUGGUCUUAGUGAAGUCAUGAACCUUGUGGUAGGGCUGCUGUGGUUGGUGGUUAAUGGAUAUUCAGAGAUGCAGCAGAAAAUGAACAGGCAUAAACACAAAUAAGCUCUCUCUACCAUUGCUAUCAAGUUGCAGAGGUUUCUGCAUUGUGAGGUUUUGUACCUGUGGUCACCCUCACCCCACCGCGAUGGCAAUAGGAUGACUGCCAGCACGAUAAUGGCACCUGCCAGUCCUUUUUGUUGUUGUUGCUGUGCUAGAAAGGUAACAGCAAUGGCUCAUAUGGGCACGAAAGAUCUGGUCAGAGAUUAAUUUGUCAUUGCUGGCCAAGAGGCACCUGGGAGAUGCAGGGAGGAUCCUCUCAUCCUCCAUGCCAUGUGUGGGUGGCCCUGGGCAGACAUCUGGGCCAUGCAUGUGUGCGUGGGAGCAGGAGCAGGUAAAAUAAACUUCUGCAGAGACUUCACAAAGAAAUGCCACCUCCCCCUUGUGUAACAUCGCUCACCAGCCUUGGUCAUGCUGGUUUCACGAGCAUCCCAUGGAGCAGGAAGAGCCAACUCUGCCAGGAGAGUUGUGUAUUUAAGGUUGCCCAAAUGCCCUGGGAGUACACCUCGCCGCAGCCUCCAGCGCAGAGGCUGUAGCUGCUUCCCGCACCCCAGCCCCGAGGAGCACAAACAGGCACUGCUGGUGUGUUUUGACUUGAGUCUCAUGAUGGCGUGCUGCAUCUGGCAAACUGGAGCUGAGUGGUUACUGGUUCCCUUGGUUAGGAAGGCUUCCUGACUUUCAUUUAAUCCCUGGCUUAUUAAUGGUGCUCACCUCUUUGAUCCAAGACUUGCCCUGAUUUCAAUGAGCAUUGAGCAAGAACCCAGUGACAGGAAAGGCUGUAUCAGGAGGAGCAGCUGCUGUGCCCUGGAGGGUUCCUUCACCCUCGUGACCAAAUCUAUAGUCGUAGGUGAAGCGUAUUUAUUCCCAGCCAAGCUGGAGUAAACUCAAGUAAUCCUUUGCUGGGAAAAUAACUCUGCUGAAAUAAAAGCAGCUGGCACCAACUGCUUGGGGAGCUCCCGUUCUUCUCAUCUCAAGCACCGAGGGGGAUCAGACUCUUCCUACAAAAGGGUGAAGCAGAGAGAAGAUAAGCUUUGGUUUCUCUUUUGGACAACACUGUUAAGUGGGAUAUCGCUGGGACCAUGUCCUCCUCCAUCAAAAUUGAAUCUGUUGUGAAGGAGAAGAACAGGAUGGGAGAAUGCCCCGUGUGGGAAGAAAGGGAGAAUGCACUUGUCUAUGUAGACAUUAAUGCACAGAAAGUUUGCCGCUGGAGCCCGCUCACCAAUGAGGUGCAGAGUGUGUCUGUGGAUGCUCGUGUUGGCUCAGUGGCAUUGCGGCAGUUUGGGGACUAUGUCAUCGCCCUGGGGAACAGGUUUGCCUUUCUGGACUGGGACACUCAGAAGGUCACUACCAUCCAUGAGCUUGAGCAGGAUAAACCCAACAACAGGUUCAAUGAUGGGAAAGUGGAUCCAAAGGGGAGGUUUUUCGCUGGUACAAUGGCUGAAGAGACGGCACCGGGUUUCCGAGCAAGGCGGCAAGGCGCUCUCUAUACCCUUUUCCCCGACUGUUCGGUAAUAAAACAGUUAGACCAGGUGGACAUCUCCAAUGGUCUGGAUUGGUCCCUGGACCACAGGACCUUCUUUCACAUCGACAGCCUGGCAUACGCUGUGCAUGCCUUCAGCUAUGAUGUACACACAGGAAAGAUCGCCUGUCCCAGACUUUUGUACCAGCUAGAAAAGGAGGAGCAAAUGCCAGAUGGGAUGUGCAUUGAUGUGGAAGGAAAGCUCUGGGUGGCGUGCAUUGAUGGUGGGAGAGUAAUUCGUAUAGACCCAGAGACAGGAAAAAGAAUCCAAACUGUGAAGCUGCCUACUCCAAGGAUCACCUCUUGCUGCUUUGGUGGAAAAGACUACUCAGAAAUGUAUGUGACUUCUGCAUAUGAUGGACUGGAUGAGGCCACCUUAGCCAAGGAACCUCAUGCGGGAGAGAUUUUCAAGAUAACAGGCCUGGGUGUGAAAGGGAUCCCACAGAAUUUCUUUGCUGCUUGAACAUUGAUGCUAAAUGACAAAGAAUAAAUGCUUACAUGUUGCAGUAAUUCUGACAAGGAGAAAUCCAAUGAAUUGCAGAAUUCAUCUAUGUGAGAAUUUCUAAAUCCACCUUUAAGAGUGUGCUUUUUUGGAAUUGAAGAUAUUCCUUCUUUUGUGGGCCCGUGGCAUGAUGCAGUAGGUUAGAGAGGUAAUGUUAAUCCAUGUUAUGCCUUGAUAUCUUUCAUGACUUUCCAUAAACCUCUUCAAGCUCAAGCUUAGUUUUGAUGAACUUCUGAUGACCAGCUCUGGAUUUUCAAGUCUGUGUUUCUCGAAGUAGGAUCUGACUCCUGUUUUGUCUUUUCAUGUUACAGUGAUGUACCAGCAAUGGUAUGACAGGUUUGAAUAGACAUUUUAAGAGUCAUGAUCUGAACCGGACUGCUCCUCUGCUGUGGGACUCCUCCUGAGAUAUUUUCUUGGUGAUCAGACUUAUUCAUAGUAUCCAGACUCCAUUUUUACAUCCUUACUAGCUUGUUUCCAUUUGCCUUAUCAUGAAUUCUUCUGCAUUGUCUUUAGGACACAAUUUAUGCUGUUGAAAAUAAACUAUGCAACCAUAUUUAAAA